CAUCUCCUCUCUAUCAAAGAUUUUAUCUCUCUCGGCCUCUGUAUUCACUUUCCCAGGCAUCUAUUCGAUUGCAAAGCAUCAAAAUAUAAUUGUGGGUAAAUUGGGUCGAUGGUUGGAGAAGCUUGUGUCCGUGAGCUUUUCUAAAGAAGAGGAUUUUUUGUUUAUUAAGAGCAGCUAGUUACAUAUCUUAAUCUUCUUGGUGGGAUUUCCUUCUUCUCAUUCUGCAAUCCUCGUAUCCUCUUUCUCUUCUUUUUUUUUUUAAAUGGCAAACACACCCCAUCACCACACCCAUUUGGUUUUGUUAUGAUACAAAUCUUAAAGGACACGUGAGAGUUAACGGAUUUUGCAAAAAUUCUAAGGACAUAGGAUUUAUAGGACCAAAUUAAAAUACUUUAUAGCUAUGUUCUAAAAUGAAAUUAAAAAAAUAAGUUAAGGGACCGAAGCCAAAAUAAAACUAAACAUAAAGAACUCUCUCCUUUCCAUUCCAUUCACUCUUACUCUCCGGCGACCCCAUCACCUUCCCUGCAUCACGCCGCCGGCACGACGCCCUCCAUCUCAGGACACUCAUCGUAUUCUCUCUGUCUUCUCCAUUCGUCCGUCACAGGGAGGGCUUAAAAGUUGAGGGACAACUUCCUGAGAAAUUUACAUGUUAUGAAGGCGUCUUCUACAAUUACUUUAUAGUUUAAGGACAACACUACUGUGUGAGAAAGGGUUUUGGACAUUUUGCUCUCACCCUUCAUUCCUAUCAAUAUCAAUCAUUCAAUCAAAUAUGGCUAUGGGCAUCAAUAUCAUCAUUGCAAAACGCUUGUUCAAUUUACGCUCUGUUUAUUCCACCUCUCUAUUCUAUUCCACCAUCCCAACAACAACCCCAUCCAAAACACCACUCGAAAAACAAUUCGAAACCUGGAUCAACCACCUCAAACCCGGUUUCACUCCAACCGAUGUUAACCACGCCCUCACCUCCCAAUCCGACCCAGACCUCGCUCUCGACAUUUUCCGUUGGACAUCCCAACAACGUUCCUACAAACACACUUCCUUAACUUACCACACCAUCAUCACCCACCUCGCCACCUCUCGCCAUUACCAACAAGCUGAAACCCUUGUAGAAGAAGUACUUGCCGGCGCGUGUGAACCCACACUCCCUCUUUUCAAUACCAUCCUCCAUUUCUGCUGCUCCCGUAAAUUCCUCUUCAACCGCGCCUUCGACGUUUACAACAUAAUGCUAAACUCACAAGAUGCUAAACCUAAUCUUGAAACGUAUACUUUAUUGUUCAACUCACUUUUACGUAGGUUUAAUAAAUUAAACGUUUGUUAUGUUUAUUUACGUUCGGUAAGGUCUUUAACGAAGCAGAUGAAGGCCAUUGGGGUUAUACCGGAUACUUUUGUUUUGAAUAUGAUUAUUAAAGCUUAUGCAAAGUGUUUGGAAGUUGACGAGGCCAUUAGGGUUUUUCGUGAAAUGGGGUUGUAUAAUUGUGAGGCGAAUGCUUAUAGUUAUAGUUAUAUUGCUAAGGGGUUGUGUGAGAAAGGGAGGGUGGAACAGGGGUUUGGGUUUUAUAAGGAAAUGAGGGUGAAAUGUUUGGUUCCAAGUACGAGUACUUAUGUGAUUAUUGUUUGUAGUCUUGCGUUGGAACGGAGGUUUGAGGAUGCUAUUGAGGUUAUGUUUGAUAUGUUGGGGAAUUCUAGGUCGCCGGAUUGUCUUACUUAUAAGACAGUAUUGGAAGGAUUGUGUCACGAAGGGAGGGUUGAUGAGGCUUUUGAAUUGCUGGAUGAAUUUAAGAAGAGGGAUGUUGGUAUGAAUGAGAGGAUGUACAAGACUCUGUUCAAUGAUUUGCAGUUUGUUUGCAGGGACUAGAAGAUUCUGUACUGAUUAUCACACCCUUGUUUUGACAGUGUGAUUACGAGUUCAUUUUUUUUCCAAGUUGAAUUUGAAUGAUCCAUUGAUUUGUGCUGGUAGAGCCUGAUUUGGAGACUUGAUGAAUUAUGUUAAACAUAUAUGAUCAGAAACAUCUUGCUGCUUAGAGAAUUUUCUAAAGUUUUGAAGUAAUUUCCAUAUAGAUUAGUGUGGAAGGAGAGGGUAGUAGCAGCACGGCACAAGCUCCUUUUGUGGCUUAAUGGGGCUGCUAACACAAGUAUGUUAUAUAUAAACAUUACCACUGCUCUGCGAGGGCGCAUUAUUCAUUCCCUGGUGAAGCAAAAACUUGCUGAAGUUGCUUGAGGAUAGUUUGCUGGGUGAGCAUCUUAUGAUAUCAUAUAACUGUCUAAAGCAACCCAAUAGUCAUUUGAGUUUAUCUUUCCCUGCUCCUCAGUCCAUUUCUUUGUUCCAUGAAUUCAACUGGAAUAAAGCUUAGCUGAAAAUUUUGUAGUCGUUAGCAUUUGUCCUUUUUUUCCUUCUUUUUCUGUCUCAAUGCAGAAUUUUAUGUUCAACCUUAAACCUCCAUGGUUUGCAAUAUUUUCAACUUGUCUUGCUGGCAUAAGGGAGGAAUUUCAUUCUGUAAUAAUUGACUCUGCAAUCUUGUGUAUUCUGAAUAAACAGAGAUUUACACAAUGUGUGUACAACCAUACGGUGGUGAUCAUAUACUUAUUUACUAAUGGAAUUCUGUUUCUCUUUACAA